CAACAUCAGAAUGCAACGUACAAUAAAUCGAAGAAAUAAAGACUUCCAUAAAGAGUAUAUUGUUAUUACAAUCAUUGUGGCUGCUAAAGGCGAACAUAAACUGCCUCCCAUAAAUAGCAGUGCAGAAUUAAAGGAAGCAUUGCAAAAACUGGCGACUAUCCCUUUGAAUAGUGUUGAGGAUGUCACCCUAAGGUAUCUUUCUCAUGCCAGCAUAGCGCAACCUCUCUUCCUCGCCAUUGUUCUCCGCUCCACCACCAGCCUCCAAGCCACUGUGCCUCCUUCAUCCCUGCCACAGGAACUUAGUGUUAAAGUUCAUCCUUUCACCACCACCAAAUUCCCCCAUAUCAGAUCCUAA